GGGCAGCGGCCCAGGCCCGGGGGCCGGGGCUGCAGCAGGAGCCAGCAGCACAAGCGCUGCCACACUUACCCUGUUCCCCGAGGACAAGGUGGCCAGAGCAGCUUGGCACAGCCUGGCCCGGCCGGGCCUUUUAUAGCAGCCCCAGCAGUGCUCAGCCCCAGCCGGGCCAAUGGGCACAGGGGACACUCCCUGCUGCUGAUGCCACCAGGGCUGGGCCGCUCCUGCCCCUCCCUGAGUCAGCAUCCCCCCGGCUGCCACCCCAGCACAUCCCACUGCCCCAGCCUGCUGCCCCUUCCUGCCUCCUGGGCACUUGGCAGCAGGGCAGUGCCACAGCACCAACCCUCACACACUUCAACAGCUCUUUGGGCAAUACUCUGGGGCACAUGGGAUGACUCUUGUGCAGGAACAGGAGUUUCACUCAAUGAUCCUUAAGGGUCUAAUCCCCCCUGACAUACAGUGUGAUCCUGGGAUCUCCCUCAGCAAUGGGGCUCCAGGAGGAGCUGGGAGGGAUUCUGGUGGGGCUGGGACAGGGCUGGCAGGCACCAGAAUCACGGGGGCUGCCCUGGGGCUCUGUGCUCCUUGCCCUAUUCCCCUGUGGGCAGGACAGGAGGGGUUUCUCUCCCCCAGGCCUGCAGAGCUCCAUGGCCAGAGCCUGGAGGUGGAUGGAGCCCGGCUCUGCUGGGCUGGCCAGUGAUGCCCCGUGCUGAGCAGGCAGGGAACGAGGAGCUGCCUUGGCUGUGGGGUUUCGUAACCUUCCCCUGUGCAGAUGAUGCCCCGAUGAGAUAAUGAGGAGCCAGCAGGACUGAUGUGCCCCAUGAGCUGGCAGCGUGCCAGGGGCCUCACCUCCCUGACACCAAGAUGUCCUGCUACGAGCUGUGCCCCCCCAAAGCCAGCGUGGCUGUGCCCAAGCCCAGCGUGGCUGUGCCCCAGCCCAUCGCCGAGAGCUGCAACGAGCUGUGCGCCCGCCAGUGCCCCGACUCCACGGCCUUCAUCCAGCCGCCCCCCGUGGUGGUCACCUUCCCCGGCCCCAUCCUCAGCUCCUUCCCCCAGCAAGCCGUGGUGGGCUCCGCCGGAGCCCCCGCCUUUGGGGGCUCCCUGGGGCUGGGGGGCCUCUACGGCCAAGGGGCCACCCAGGCCUCGGGGGGCCUCUGCACCUUCCCCACAGCCUGCGCUGCUCCCGCCUGCAGCCCUUGGCUCCUGCCCCGCUACUCCAGGAAAAUCUGGGACACCUGCGGGCCCUGCUAGACCCAGCCCACACCCCACUGCCAGCGCUCACCACGCUCCACAGCCCAGCAGCUGCACAACAGCCCUUGGCCUCCUCCAGCCCGGCACCACCAGCCUGCCUGGCUCUUGCCCACCAGCUCUCUCCCACUCUCCCCUGACCCUCUCUGCUCAAUAAACUUUUCCUGCAGCCAA